CAAUUUUUUUUUCUGAGGCUCAACUACCUUUACUUUAGUGAGCAAACCCCUAUACCUCAAUUUGGCUCUCUCAAACUGCAACUCGGUCGUGAAGAGUGAAGACUCGCCGCUCUCUGCUACUUCGUUUAUUUCCAGUCUCUGGUUCGCCCUUUCUCUCUGUGUCCAUAUCAAUGGCGACUGUCCCAGUAAACCCUAAGCCGUUCUUGAACAACUUGACUGGAAAGACUGUGAUCGUGAAGUUGAAGUGGGGCAUGGAGUACAAAGGAUUUCUUGCUUCAGUGGAUUCAUACAUGAACCUCCAGCUAGGGAAUGCUGAAGAGUACAUUGACGGACAGUUCACUGGUAAUCUUGGGGAGAUUUUAAUCAGAUGCAACAAUGUUCUCUAUAUGCGUGGCGUGCCAGAGGAUGAAGAUAUAGAGGAUGCUGAUCGUGACUAGGAGCAGCGUGGGGCACAUGUUAAAAGAAUUUGUUGGAUUGUUUUGAGCUAAAAUUAUGAUAUGGUCAUGGUACUGUUGUUGUAAGCAACAUAUCUUGUCUAACCCUUUAUGUUCUGUUCUGAUUACUAGGUUGAUUGCAUAUGAAUAUCCAAAUUGAUUAGCUAGCAUCUGUAGUCCCAUCGAGUAAUCAAUCAUACGCUGAUUGGGAUCGAGGUAUGUCAGACAUUUUCCAGCUUUUAAUGGAGCAGAUUCUGUUGUUAUUUGCACUUAUUUCCUAAGUAAGUGAAACCGAACUGGAUGCCUGCCCCUGGUAUGUUGAACUUCAUCGUUCAAACUGCACCCUUGGAUUCCUCCCCACGGCCCUGCCUGGCCUGGCAUUACAAUCUUCUUCCUGCCUUUCCCUUCCUGCACCGCUGCACGAGCCCUUUCGUUAAAGACUGGAAAACAGAACCAAAGAAUUGAAUGCCCCUAAGUUGAAAUUUUGAAUGCUCUCUGAUUCUCAUCUUAUGCAGACAACUAGAAGGCUUUUAGGAUGAGAAAAGCUAUGGUUUCUUUGUAAAACAAAGAAAUGCUUAUUGU